UGAUAUGAGUGGAAAUUCGCCGCCUGCGCGUGCCGUUCGCGUGCGAAGAGAGAAAACUGUCGAAAUAAAGAAAGAAGAAGAGGCGGUUAGUCAGAAUAAUGGACUUGAAUCUGUGACGUCAUCUGUUGACAACAGCACUGCAACUUCUUCUCAGUGUGUGGUGUGUGCUGAAGAUAUUGUGUAUUAUGCAGUGGCUAACUGCACACCUUCUCACCCAGUCUGUUCCAAGUGCAUUCUCAGACUUAGGUAUCUGCAGAAGGACAGUCGGUGUCCUGUGUGCAGGAGUGAGAUAGUGUGGGUGCUGUUCGCCAAGAGAGUGCUGCCGGACUGGGACCAGAACUGCAUCGCCAAUGCCACAGACCACAACCAGUGCAUCCUACAAAUGAAAGAGAAGUACUUCGAGGUGGAUGAGACGUUCAAGAUAGUGUUCGACUCGAGGGAGAACUACGAGGAGUUCCUCCAUCUCACCACCAUCAGGUGCAAACUGUGUGAGAAGACUCUGAGGAGUGAGGAGGAGCUGAAGACACAUCUGAGGAAGAUGCACGAGACCAAGUUGUGUGAGAUAUGUCUGGUCCACAUCAAGAGAUUCCCCACAGAAUAUGUCUACUACGACAGAGCGCAGCUGGCCGUUCAUAAUAAGACAGGGGAUAAGGAAACUCUGGGCCAGAAGGGACACCCUCUGUGUGAGUUCUGUCAGAAGAGGUUCCUCGAUCCGGAGGAGCUGGAGACGCACCAGAGGAGGGAGCACUACUACUGCCACUUCUGUGCAGACCAGGGAUUCGUGGACUUCUUCCCAGACCCCUACUUCCUCAAAAGACACUACAAGAGUGAGCACAUUCUGUGUGAGGAGGGAGACUGUGCGAGUGACUAUGGCUUCUUCACCUCUGUCUUCAACAACGACGUCGACUACCAGGCUCAUAGAUUGCGAGAACACGGGAAGAGUUACUCUAAGAAGAUCAGAGACCAGCUGAAGCAGAUCCCACUCGCAUUUGAAACUCCUUACUCUCGCAACAGUGGAGCAGCAGGUUCAAGUUCAGACUCAAGGCCAAGUAGACAUCAGCGAGGAGGUGGGGGCAGAGGAGGAGGAGGAGGAGGGGACGGCGGGGUGUCUGAGAGGGGGUUGGGAUCCCGCUCGGGCCAGAGUGGAGGAGAGUAUUAUGGGGGCAUGGAUGACAGGAGGGGACAGCAGGGGGGGUCUCAACAGUUCAUGAGUCACAGUCGCCAACAGAACCAGAGACAAAAUCAGAAUCAGAGUGCCAACAGAAACAGGUACGGGGGAGGCAGAGAUCGAGAUCGAGAUCGCCGAGGGGGAGACGAGGACAGAGGGUAUUACAGUGGGAGUUCUAACUCUCAGCAAAUGGCAUGUUCCCCACCCAAAGUAGAUCUGAACAUACCUCCCUCGGAGCGAGGCUUCUUCGAGGUCCCCUCCAAACCCCCCCGUGCAGAGGGAGUGCCCCUCUCUGAACAACACAAAUUGACAACCACUAUUGCCACUGCUGUUGAGAAACAUGGUGCGUUUUCAUCUUCAUCUUUAGCGAAUCAACAGAGUGCAAACAAUCAAAAUGGUGCUUCUCGAGUGAAUGGAGAGUUGAGUUCAGUUGGUGCUACCGAUGGUCCAAAUCAAAACAUGGAGGAAGACUUUCCAGAUCUUCCGAAUACGACUAAAAAGAGUACUAAUUUCUGGGGAGGCUUUGACUCGAACACGAUGAAGGGCAUUGACAGACUGCAGGAGACCCACUUCCCCGCCCUGCCCCAGUCAGACAACCCAAUUAAGAAGAGCAAGAUGAAGAAGACGAACAACACACAAUUACAGUCACACAGUGCUAACAUGCAGGUGAAGAAACCCGCCGUGAACUCAGCAUGGGGCUCCUCUUCCUCUUCUCCAAUCAUUCAGCCGAAAGUGACAGUGGCAAAGAGUUCGGCAGCAGCCGCGGCAAAGAUGCACAAAGUCGAAUCAUCGCCCUCUCUUCUUCAGCAGAACAACACUGUGUCUCUAAAUGCUCAAUCAAGUAGUAGUAAUGGACUGUUGACGUCUAAUAUGAACAGCAGUGGGUUUGUUGGGUCCACUAAUUCAGUGUGGAAUCAAGGCCAACCGGGUAGCUCCUCGGACAUGCCUUCCUUGCAAGAGAGCAACCCAUCUAUCCAUCCCAAUUUCAUGGUGGUGAGACCAAAGACCAAAAGUGGCAAAAAGAAAAAGAAGAAAAACGACCCAGAUGACACCGUCAGCUCCAUCAAGAGUAUCUUGUCUGCAGUCAACGAUGAAGUCAGUAACGAGGAUGCGAAUUCAUUGCAGAACAGUAAUGGAUGGAUGAGCUUCGAAAGCAACAAUAACGACAUCCAGAAGUCGAAGGUGAACGUAGAGGCCAGGUCCUUGUCUGACCAGACCAAUAACAGUAGCAGAGAAAUUUCAUUUAGUGGACUGACUUUGAAAGAGAUCGAAGAGCAGCCUAGAAGUAAGACAAAAGAAGAAAGCCGCGAGGCGAUUUUGGACGCUCCUCCGGGAUUUGCCGGUGACGAGGAGAGACCGAAAUUGAGGGAGCCAAUUCUGGAGCUGCCUCCGGGCUUCGACUCCCCAAAGCACAGUGCGAGUGCAAAAUGCGUCAAUCAGCAAACAGACAAAAAGAGUGACUCAUCAAAAAACGGAGUGAAGUCUGAUGAGAAGAAAAGGGCUCAGAAAGAUUACGAAUAUUUUUACCCCGAGGACUUCGACAUCAGAAACCGAAAACUAAACGCAAUGAUUCACCAGCUGUUGGUCAACAGGACGACAGGAGACGAAAAACUCUAUCACGACUUCCUCAAAAUUACCAAGAGCUUUUCCAGGAACCAAGGCAGUGCGAAUGCUGUCGUGAAUUUCUGUCGCUAUAACUUGGGAGACAAUUUCUAUCUUGUAUUCAUUGAAGUGCUCUGUCUGUUGCCCAACAUAUCUUGCCAGAGGAAGUUACUGGCUUCAUUUGAUAGACAGAAACCACCGAGGGAAAACUGUCUGGACGACAAAAUUACAUCUUGUCAGAUUUGUUCUCAAAUUGUGGCCCACAAAGACAAGGAUUUCCACAUGAAGAAGGCCCACGACGAUGAAACAUUAAGCACAGCCGGAGAAGAGAACUGUCCCCCUUUUUAAUGACAGGAACAGUGAACUGAGCGUAGCGUAAAGUGAUGUACUUAAUGGAGCUCCCGAUUAAUAGAUUAAAAAGAAUGGAUGGACCCAUUUAUUUUCAUCCUCCUUACUCAUGUAUGCUUACUGUGAUCAUUGAUAUUUAAUCAAAUAAUAUUUUGAAAUUGAAUUUUAUGGGCUUA